AGCACAAGUACCCGUACGACUGGCGCAGCAAGCAGCCCACAAUCUUCCGAGCCACAGACCAGUGGUUCGCCUCUGUCAACGGCUUUAAGGAGGAGGCACUGCAAGCUAUCCGCGGAGUGCAGUGGUUUCCCCCCCAGGGUGAGAAGCGCAUCACAGCCAUGGUGGAGGGGCGCUCUGACUGGUGCAUCUCACGGCAGCGUUCCUGGGGUGUGCCCAUUCCGGCCUUCUACCAUGUUGAGACCGGCGAGCCACUUCUUACCCAGGAGACCAUCGCUCACGUGCAGGCGAUUGUGGCAGAGAAGGGCAGUGACGCGUGGUGGGAGAUGGAGGUGGCGGACCUGCUGCCCCCCUCGCUGCGUGACCAGGCCUCGCAGUACCGCAAGGGCUCUGAUACCAUGGACGUCUGGUUCGACUCCGGCUCCUCCUGGGCCUCCGUCCUCGCCUCCUCUCCCUCGCCCUCCACCUCCGCCUCUGCCUCUGGCUCUGAUACCAAUGGAGCUGCUUCAAGCAGCAACUCGCCUGCUACAGAAACCGGGAGCCCAGCUUCCAGUGCAGUGGACACUAGCAGCAGCAGCAGAAGUGCAGGGCUCAACUUCCCAGCAGACCUGUAUUUGGAGGGCAGCGAUCAGCACCGCGGGUGGUUCCAGAGCUCGCUGCUCACAGGCGUGGCCACAGCCGGCACUGCGCCGUACCGGGCGGUGCUGACUCACGGGUUUGUGCUGGACGAGAGGGGCAUGAAGAUGAGCAAGUCCGUGGGGAAUGUGGUGGAUCCCUUGACUGUUAUCAGUGGAGGGAAGAACCAGAAGACCGAGCCAGCGUACGGGGCGGACGUGUUGCGGCUGUGGGUGUCAUCGGUGGACUACAGUGGCGACGUGGUGAUCGGGCCGACCAUUGUAAAGCAGAUGAGCGAUGUGUACCGCAAGCUAAGAGGCACUCUGAGGUUCCUGCUCGGCAACCUGCACGACUACCAGCCCUCCGAGGCGGUCCCCUACGCCAGCCUGCCUGCUCUGGACCGCUAUGCGCUGCGUCGCCUGGCAGACGUGAUGCAGGACGUGCAGCAGAGCUACGAUGACUUCCAGUUCUACCGCUUCUACCAGCUGAUACAGCGCUUUGCAGUGGUGGACCUGUCCAACUUCUACUUUGACGUCUGCAAGGACAGGCUCUACGUGGGAGGUCAAGAUUACCUUACCAGGCGGGCGUGCCAAACGGUCCUAGCGCACCACCUCACCGCCUUCCUAGCAGCCAUCGCCCCCGUGCUGCCCCACAUGGCUGAGGACGCCUGGCGAAACCUUCCCAGCAACUUCCCCCGGCCCGUUCCCUCCGUCUUCCAAAUGCCGUGGCCCAAGCCGGAAGCUGAUUGGCUGUCGUUCGGGGAUGUUGAGCUGGCGACGUGGGCCACGCUUAUUGAG